CAGUCUGCGCGCUGCCCCAACCGGGAGGAACCCAGUUGCACGGUCCGCGCUGCCCGGGGAAAUGCUUUCCGUAGGCACAAACAUGGCCGCGCCCUUUCGCGCUGCAGGUAUCCUCCUCCGCGAUCGGCUGGUGCAGGGCAGCUCGAGGGCCCAGCAGCUGCAGAGAUGCCAGUCAGGUGCAGCGUCAGCCGCCGCAGCUGCCAAAGCAAACCCAUGUGCCCGAGAUCCCCAACCUCAAGCUCAGCCAGGGAAGAGGAAGCCCAAAACUGGAAUAUUGAUGCUGAACAUGGGAGGACCGGAAACCCUUGCAGAUGUGCACGACUUCCUGCUCAGGCUCUUCUUGGACCGAGACCUCAUGACACUUCCUUUCCAGAAUAAACUGGCCCCAUUCAUCGCCAAACGCCGGACCCCCAAAAUCCAAGAGCAGUACAGCAAGAUCGGAGGCGGCUCUCCCAUCAAGCGGUGGACGUCCACACAGGGGGCGGGCAUGGUGGAGCUGCUAGACCAGCUGUCCCCUGCCACAGCCCCGCACAAAUACUACAUCGGCUUCCGAUAUGUGCAUCCUCUAACGGAAGAAGCCAUCGAGGAGAUGGAGAGUGAUGGGCUGGAGCGGGCCAUUGCUUUCACACAGUAUCCUCAGUACAGCUGCUCCACCACAGGCAGUAGCCUGAACGCCAUUUUCAGGUUCUACAGAGAGGCGGGCCGGCAGCCCAGGAUGAAGUGGAGCACCAUAGACCGGUGGCCCACGCACCCUCUCCUCAUCCAGUGCUUUGCAGAGAACAUUCAGAAGGAGCUGGAGCUUUUCCCACCCGAGAAGAGGAACGAGGUGGUCAUUCUCUUCUCCGCUCACUCACUGCCACUGUCUGUGGUCAACAGGGGGGACCCCUACCCCCAGGAGGUGGGAGCCACUGUGCAGAGAGUCAUGGAUAAGCUGGCUUUCUCCAACCCCUACCGGCUAGUGUGGCAGUCCAAGGUGGGGCCAAUGCCCUGGCUGGGUCCUCAGACAGAGGAGACCAUCAGAGGGCUGUGCAAGAGGGGCCGGAAGAAUGUCCUCCUGGUGCCCAUUGCUUUCACCAGCGACCACAUCGAGACGCUGUACGAGCUGGACAUUGAGUGCUGCCAGGAGCUGGCCCGCGAGUGUGGAGCUGAGAGCAUCCGCCGCGCUGAGUCCCUGAAUGGAAAUCCAUUGUUCUCCAAGGCCCUGGCUGACCUGGUGCUUGCUCACAUCCAGUCCAACGAGCGCUGUUCCACGCAGCUGACACUCAGUUGCCCGCUCUGCGUGAAUCCCGUGUGCAGGGACACCAAGGCCUUCUUCUCCAGCCAGCAGCUGUGACCACCCCACUGGGGGACUUGGACACCUGCGGACACAGGAGGACUGCACUGAGGGGGCACCGAGGAAUCCAGGAAGGAGGUGGCACUGGGCACUGGGCUGCGUGUGGCCACAGGCCGCUGAGUAAAUGUUUCUUAGAGGACCGGACUCAUGUGUCCUGCUGUUCUAGCUCAGUUUGCCCAGCAGUGAGAGUUUAGGUAUCUUCUCUCAGUAAAGUUCCUCACUUGGAGUGUCCCUUAGCCGUUUUUAAAAAGUAAAUUUUAACAUGUUGUUUUUAUCUCCUAAGCUAUGCAUAUAGUUUUGAAUAGAGUUCUCUGGUUUUAUGGCCUAAAAGGCUUCCUGCAUGUGCUCCUGAAU